AUGGCACUUUCAGAAGUUAUUGGCUUCAACCCUUUUUCUGAAACUAUGUUUGGAGCCAGACAGACGCAACUUUUUGACCGACCGAACCACUACAGUUUUGGAACCAAAAUCCAAGAGUUUGCUGUUCCUGUUGGUGAAGAACCUUCAGGGUUUCUGAAGUCCUGUAACCGUGAUGGAGAUGUGCGCAUUGACCUGAACCAUGGAACCACCACCCUGGCCUUCAAGUUCAAACAUGGAGUCAUCGUGGCUGUGGACUCCAGAGCUUCAGCUGGACGAUACUUGGCCUCCAACGAUGUCAACAAAGUGAUAGAGAUCAACCCGUACCUGCUGGGCACCAUGUCGGGCAGCGCUGCAGACUGCCAGUACUGGGAGAGACUCCUGGCUAAAGAAUGCAGGCUGUACAGGCUGAGAAACAACCAGCGGAUCUCUGUAGCUGCUGCCUCCAAGCUGUUGUGUAACAUGAUGUUGGGUUACAGAGGAAUGGGCCUUUCUGUGGGGAGCAUGAUCUGUGGAUGGGACCAGCAGGGUCCUGGUCUGUACUAUGUGGAUGAUAACGGAACCCGUUUGUCGGGUCGGAUGUUCUCUACCGGCUGUGGGAACAGCUACGCCUACGGUGUGGUGGACAGCUGUUACAGGGAGGACAUGACGGUGGAGGAGGCGUACGAACUCGGCCGUCGGGGCAUCACUCACGCUACACACCGGGACGCGUACUCCGGAGGAGCGGUCAACAUGUACCACAUGCGUGAAGAUGGCUGGAUCAAAGUGUGUAAAGAGGACGUCUCAGAGUUGAUCCAUCGUUACAAAGAGGGGAUGUUCUGA